AAUCACGUGGGAAGGGCGCUCUGGCCAGACUCUAUGGUUGUGCGACGAUGAACCCGGAAGAAGGCAGGCGGGCGGGGGGCGCAGGCGUGAGGCUGGGGGUUGCCGCUGCCGAAUUCCUCUUGCUAUAACUGGUGAGGUACUGAGAAUUUCUGCUUGUGAUGGCAGAGGAUCAGGAGCUGACUCAGCCAUGCAAGACUCCCCUGGAGCCCUCCCUCCAGCAGUGCACCAGCAACACUUACCGCAGUGUAGAGCACUCCCAGUCCUUACUCAGCGGCCUGGUAGCUCUCCGAGAUAGUGGCAUCCUUUUUGAUGUAGUCCUGGUAGUGGAAGGGAAACCUAUUGAAGCUCAUCGGAUACUUCUAGCUGCGUCAUGUGACUAUUUCAGAGGAAUGUUUGCUGGUGGUCUAAGAGAGAUGGAACAGGAAGAGAUUCGUAUUCAUGGAGUCUCCUACAAUGCUAUGUGUAAAAUCCUGAACUUCAUAUACACCUCUGAACUGGAACUCAGCCUGAACAACGUGCAAGAAACGCUAACUGCCGCCUGCCAACUUCAGAUUCCAGAAGUCAUUAAGUUCUGUUGUGAUUUUCUCAUGUCCUGGGUGGAUGAGGAGAACAUCCUGGAUGUAUACAAAUUAGCUGACCUCUUUGACUUGAAUCAGUUGAGCGAGCAGCUGGACUCCUACAUUCUCAAAAACUUUGUAGCUUUCUCAAAGACAGAGAUAUACCGCCAGCUACCCCUGGAGAAGGUCUACUCUCUACUGAGCAGCAACCUCUUGGAGGUCAACUGUGAGAAUGAGGUUUAUGAAGGGGUGCUUCUGUAUCAUUACACCCUAGAACAGGUAGAGACAGAUCAGGUCUCACUGAUGGAGCCUCCUAAGCUACUGGAAACAGUCCGCUUCCCCCUGAUGGAGCUCCAGAUCCUGCAAAGGCUCCAUGACAAAUUAAGCCCAUGUCCAUUAAGAGAGACUGUAGCCGAUGCACUAAUGUACCACAAGAAUGAAUGUCUUCAGCCCAUGCUUCAAACCUCACAGACACAGGUGAGGUCAGAGUUCCACUGUGUAGUGGGCUUUGGAGGGAUGCACUCCACUCCAUCCACAGCCCUCAGUGACCAAGCCAAGUUCUUGAACCCCAUAUUGGGAGAGUGGAGGCACUUUACUGCUGCAUUAGCCCCCAGAAUGUCCAACCAAGGAAUCGCUGUUUUCAACAACUUUGUAUACUUGAUUGGGGGAGAUAACAACGUACGAGGUUUUCGAGCAGAGUCCAGGUGUUGGAGGUAUGACCCACGACACAACAAAUGGUUCCAGAUCCAGUCCCUGCAGCAAGAGCAUGCUGACCUCUGUGUCUGUGUUGUGGACAAAUAUAUAUAUGCUGUCGCAGGGCGAGAUUAUCAUGAAGACCUAAGGGAAGUAGAGAGGUAUGAUCCAAAAACCAACACGUGGGAAUACAUGGCACCGCUGAGGAAGGAGGUGUAUGCACAUGCUGGAGCAGCACUGGAUGGAAAGAUGUAUAUUACAUGUGGGAGGAGAGGAGAUGAUUAUUUGAAGGAACUACACUGUUAUGAUCCAGGGGCUGACCGCUGGGACAGCUUAGCUGAUGGUCCAGUCAGACGUGCCUGGCAUGGGAUGGCUGCACUUCUGGGAAAGCUGUACGUGAUUGGAGGUAGCAACAAUGACUCUGGCUAUAGGAGAGAUGUUCACCAGGUUGCCUGCUAUAGCACAAGCACUGAUCAGUGGACAAAUGUAUGCCCUCUACCUGCAGGGCAUGGAGAGCCAGAAGCUGAACUGCCUUUAUAACUUCUUUGCUGCUGAUUUAAUCAUCCUGUUGUUCGCGUUCCUAUAAGACAGAGACUUGAUGGUUUUUAAAAGAUGAUUUUGAAAUCAAGGAGAUGCUGAGCCUGGAGCCUAUGGAUGCAUUUACUGUAAGUAUUGUCAUGCCGAUCAGGCUGCUAAAGCCCAACAAUAAUAUUUUCUGUUAUGUUAAAGUAGGUAACAUAAAUGUUAUAUGGUACUUUCAUUGAAGUCCUAGUUAUUUAACACAACCUAUGGCCCUACAGUUUGCAUUUCGGCUGGAUUUGCAGUUAGUGGAUUUGUUUACAGAACUAUUUUAGAAGCUCAUACUUGGAAGAGAAGUGGUUGUUGCUGCUUCUGUGUUUGUUUCAGAAGAACUGUUUCCCCCUUCUUACCCCCCCAAAAUCCAACUUUUAAAAUUGAAAUAUCCCUUUUCAGUCUCUGAAAACCAAAACUUUAAAAGUUUUAAAAAAACAAAAACUAAAACCAAUCACUCUCCUUUAAACCAAAGUGUUUUGAGUGUUUGCUGCCAAAAUGGUAAAUUUCAUCUCACUCCCUGCUGACAGGCCUAGACAACAAGCAGUGGUAGGGCUAUAAUAGUGCAUAGAUUUAACUCCCAGCUCUAGUAGCUGAUCUUGGACAAGUCAUCCCCUCUCUAUCUCUGUUUAAAUCCAGAUUGGAUCUUUUAUAAAAAGAUAUGCUCUAGUUUAGCCACAGCUAUUGGACUUGAAGCAGGAGUUAUUUUAAAGGGAAGUCCAAUGGCCUGUGUUUAUGCAGGAGGUCAGACCAGAUGAACAUAAUUGCUUUAAAAAUCUGUUAGAUUUUUAAAUCCUCCUUUGUAUGGGAAGUUGUGUUCUCUGGAACUCCUCCAAAGAAGCAAGUUAGAAGUUAGCUCAGCUAUAUGCAGUAUUAAAAUUGCAGCAUAGUUCCUGUCCCAGCCAUUCAGCAUUUGUACGAAGUAAAGAUGUUACUACCUAGACCAAAAAUUGUUAUAAUAAAAUUUACUGUUUACUGUUGACAGCUUUGCUUCAGUUCCUCUUUUAACCUGGUGGUAUCCAAAGAAAGCGGGAGCAGUUUCUGUAUAACUGGCUUGCUAAAUUUACUUUCUAGUAAAUCAAACUGUAACAAAGGGAAAAACAUCCAGUAAAAUUUUAAUAGGAACUCUUCACUGCUGUCUUUUCUGUUCCAGGCUAUACCGCUAAAUUGUUGUGGCCUUGGACAAGUCACUUAAAUUCUCUAUGUUGUUUUCUCCAUUUGUUUAAAUGGAGCUACUAAUACUUGCCUACCUUACAGUGAUGAAGCUUAAUUUAUUAAUGUUUGUAAAACAGCUUUCAGUAAUUUUUUCAUCCCAAAGUCUCAAAAGUAUUGAUAUAGUAGCAGUAUUUAUAGCUACACAAAUUAUUAUAUUUAGCAUGUGAUAGUGUUUAAUCAUAGAAUAUCAGGGUUGGAAGGGACCUCAGGAGGUCAUCUAGUCCAACCCACUGCUCAAAGCGGGACCAAUCCCCAGUUUUUGCCCCAGAUCCCUAAAUGGCCCCCUCAAGGAUUGAGCUCACAACCCUGGGUUUAGCAGGCCAAUGCUCAAACCACUGAACUAUCCCUCCCCCCUAAUCUCCAUUUCAGCUGUAUCACACUGAGAGGACUAAACCCAUCUUCAAAUGGUGUAAGGCAAUUUUAUGAGCUUCUCAGUCCAACCUAAACUAUCCGUACAUGAAUGAAACAAAGAUUCUGAAUAGACAAAUGUGAACUCUUAAACCAUUAGGAGUUGAAGCAUGACACAUAGGUAACUUUUUUUAGAAAUGUAGGAAAUGUUUUUGCAUGUAUAGGCAGCUUCAAAAUGGCAUUUUUCACUUCCAGGCCUAAUCAUUUCUGUUAGUACUGCUGUAUGCCAUUAAACAGCUGUUGUUUUCUAUCCUAGAUAUGGUUGUAUUUCUGUGGUUGGUGAAGUGUUACCAAUACACAAAGUUAGUGGUGUACUUUGGGAAGAUUUCAUAUUAAAGGUGUUGUGUGAUUCUAUAUUUGAAAUAAGGUUUUGAAUUUCACAUAUGAUCCCCAAAACUGGCAAUUCUAUAUGUAUGAAUAGUAAGCUUUGAAUUCCUCCUGGACAAUUACAAGUUCACAGUUGUACCUUAGAUACCUAGAAACAUUCUGUCUAAUUUGCAAUAAAAUCUCCGAUUUUACCUGUGACCUUGAUAUCACAAUCUGGCCAUUCCUUGUAAGUGCGUUUCUUGGACAAUAUUUUUUAAAAUAGGGCCUGAUUUAAAUCUUCCAUAUUAAACCAUGUGGACAAUGUUAAGGGUCUAAAACUUAAACCCCAUUUCCCAUCCCAGACUUUUUAGAUUUUGCACCAUUUGUCAAUGUAGGAUAUAAACACUUGGUGAAAUUGCCAGAUGUUGCAACGCAGUUCUUAGGAGCAGGGUUUAGAGAGAAAGAAGAUACUAACGUUGGAGUGAGUCCUGCAGAAAGGGUCCAAUGUAGGAACUACAAAAUUAUUGUCCCAAGUCUCUUUGUUCAUUUUAAAUGUUUCAGAUUUAAAAGAAUUACAUUGUGUUUUUGGUCUCUUUUGGGUUUUUUUAACUCCUUCUCGUGUGUGUGUGUGUGUGUGUGUGUGUGUGUGUUGAUUAGUGUUUCCAACUCUCCUGAAUUUGAGUAGGGUAAUUUUGGCUCCUGCUGCAGGAGCUCUAUCUAGCUGCUGGUACAGAGUUUCCAGCGUCUCCCCAAAAUUCUAAUUGUGGUCCCCAUGUCUGCCUGUUCGUCCAGUCCCACCUUUGUUUCAGCUCCAGGUGUUCUUCACUCCCCUCUCCUCUUCCCAGCUCUGAGGAUGUUGAUUAUAGGGAGGAACACAAGGGCCAACCCAUUUUUCACAGGAGAGGAGUAAGCAAGGUCCUCAGUUGCCAGACUUCCUUUUCUCCUUGCCUCUAGAUGUUUGAGAACUGCUGCUCGAACUAUGGGUCGUGACCCCGUUUUAAUGGGGUCACCAAGGCUGGCAUUAUACUUGCUGGGGCUGAAGCGUGAGCCCCACCACUUCGGGCCGGGGUUGAAGCCCAAGAGCUUCAGCCCUGGGUGGCGGGACUACAGACCCCCUGCCUGGGGCUGAAGCCCCUCGGUUUUGGCCCUCCUACACUAGGGGCAGUGGGGCUCAGACUUUGGCCUUGGGUCCCCUGCCUGGGGCAGCGGGCUCAGGCAGGCUCAGGUCUUAGUCCUCCUCCUGAGGUUGUGUAGUAAUUUUUGUUGUCGGAAGUGGGUCUUAGUGCAAUGAAGUUUGAGAACCUCUGUGCUAGAGUAAUGCAAAUAAUAAUGGUGUCAGCUGGUCCAUCCCUACCCAAAAAAUCCUCUUGAUUUCUGAAGGGGAGGGGGAAGAGCUCUGUCUGCCUUCUGCAACAGCUGCUCUUCCCUAGGAGGUGGGCCAGGGAGGAAGGCAGCUAAUUAGAGUGGGGGUGUUUGGCCCUCUGGCAAAGCUGAAAUUUACUAGAGGACUGAACCUUCUGGCAUGGCUCCAGCCCCAGCCAAAAUAGCAUAGACUUGUGAGCGUUGGCAGCAUUUGUUUAAAUUUUUGUUUAUCUGUAACUGUAAUGGCUCAUUUUUGGACCCUGUCAGGGAUUCUCCAGGGCUGGCUUCUGUUUUGGUAUCAGCGCCUUCCUGUCACUGUGCAGAAUAGGAGGUUGUGCUGGGCCAGCAUGCCCAUCACAACUGUCUAGCUAAUGUGAAGCGGCCAAUCCCAUGGAGCUGGUGCACCUAGCAAUAUGCUGGGACUAUGGGAGUGGAGGGAAAAGGCUGCACUUGAAGCGGGAACAUACUGGUUGGUUAAUAAUCUCUUCUUGCUCCUAUUCAAACCUCAGGCAGAAUGUCAUGAGUCAGGCUGGUUUGCCCUAUCUUUUGUUAGAACCACCUUGAUGUUGAAAGUUUCUGUGGCUCAUAGGAAUGGCACUUUGAGUUGGGAGCUGCUAAGAGGAGCUGUUUUCAAGGGGUGCCUGCCUCUUGGAGGAACACAGCAGAUCUUGUUUUGCCUGCUUAUAUGACUUUUUUGUGAUCCUUGCACUAUUCAGUGUUUUUCUAAAAUCCCCAGUUCAUGGAGUCAUGUUACUAUGUUAGCCUCUCAGCCUUCAUUUAAAAAAGAAGUUUCUAAAGAAAAUAUUGCAAAUGCGAAUGCUUUAAAGAGCUGAAGGCCAAUAAACAAAUCCAAAAUUUGUUUUAAAAUACUUAAGUCAGUCUUGAUGUUUGGGGAGGCCUGACUCUUGGCUUUUGAAGGUUGGUAAUAUUGUGGCGGGGAGGGUUUUUAU